AUGGCCUAUGACCGCUACGUUGCCAUCUGCAAACCCCUGCACUACGGGACCCUCUUGGGCAGCAGAGCUUGUGUCCACAUGGCAGCAGCUGCCUGGGGCAGUGCUUUUCUCAAUGCUGUCCUGCACACAGCCAAUACAUUUUCACUCCCCCUCUGCAAGGGCAACACUGUGGACCAGUUCUUCUGUGAAAUCCCCCAGAUCCUCAAGCUCACCUGCUCAAAAUCCUACCUCAGUGAGGUUGGGCUCAUUGUGGUCAGUGCCUGUUUAGUCUUGGGGUGUUUUGUUUUCAUCGUGGGAUCUUACGUGCAGAUCUUCAGGGCUGUGCUGAGGAUCCCCUCUCAGCAGGGACGGCACAAAGCCUUUUCCACGUGCCUCCCUCACCUGGCUGUGGUCUCCCUGUUUGUCAGUACUGCAGUGUUUGCCUACCUGAAGCCCCCCUCCAUCUCCUCCCCAGUUCUGGACCUCGUGGUGUCUGUUCUGUACUCGGUGGUGCCUCCAGCAGUGAACCCCCUCAUCUACAGCAUGAGGAACCAGGAUCUCAAGGAUGCCGUGUGGAAACUGAUGACUGGAUGUUUUUGA